CAGCUGCAGCGCCUUGAAGAGGCCGGCGAAGAGCAGCGGGUAGAGGGGGCUGCGCAGGGCCUCGGCCCACUCCCAGGCUGUUACUAAGGAUCACUCGGUAUGUCUGACAGGGACUACGAUUACCUUAUCAAGUUCCUAGCCCUUGGUGAUUCUGGGGUUGGAAAGACCAGUUUCCUUUACCAGUACACAGAUGGGAAAUUCAAUUCCAAAUUCAUCACAACUGUAGGCAUUGAUUUUCAGGAAAAAAGGCUGGUGUACCGACCUAACAGACCAGAUGGGGUCAGCGGCCGAGGACAGAGGAUACAUCUUCAGUUGUGGGACACAGCAGGGCAGGAAAGGUUCCGCAGCUUGACCACCGCCUUCUUCAGGGACGCCAUGGGCUUUCUCCUGCUCUUUGACCUAACCAGCGAGCAAAGCUUCCUCAACGUCCGGAACUGGAUGAGCCAGCUGCAGACCCACGCCUACUGCCAGAGCCCCGACGUGGUGCUGUGCGGGAACAAGAGCGACCUGGAGGGGCAGCGCGUGGUGAAGGAGGACGAGGCCAAGCGCCUGGCAGGCAAAUACGGGGCGCCCUACUUCGAGACCAGCGCCGCCAACGGCGCCAACGUGGGCCCGGCCGUGGAGGCGCUGCUGGGGCUGCUGAUGGAGCGCAUGGAGCGGUGCGUGGACGGGCCCCGCGCCCUCCUCCCCGACGGCCCCGCCGAGGCGCCCCCGCAGCCCGGCUGCGGCUGCUGA